GAAGACACAAAACAGUUCGAGAUCCAAACAAUUUUGGAAUUUCACAGAUGGCGCUCUCGCUGAUGUUACCCACCAUUUGCUUCCCUCUCAAAUUCUGCCCGAGAAGAUCCACCACUACAACAAUGGCAGCGACUCUCAACUCCUACUCCUCCAAUAAAAGAAGGUCGACGCUAUUGUUCGACGUUAUGGAUACUCUUGUUCGCGACCCUUUUUAUCAUGACGUCCCUGCGUUCUUCGGAAUGUCUAUGAAGGAACUAUUAGAAUGCAAGCACCCAACUGCAUGGAUUGAGUUUGAAACAGGGGUGAUCAAUGAGACGGAGCUUGCCAGGAAAUUCUUUAAAGAUGGAAGGCCUUUUGAUCUGGAAGGACUCAAGAGUUGCAUGAGAAAAGGAUACUCCUACAUAGAAGGGGUUGAGGAAUUGCUUCAGGCUUUAAAACAAAGCAACUAUGAGAUGCAUGCUUUUACGAACUAUCCAAUUUGGUAUGAAAUGAUUGAGGACAAGCUACAACUCUCAACCUAUUUAUCUUGGACGUUUUGUUCAUGCAAAAGUGGAAAGAGGAAACCUGAUCCUGAAUUCUACUGGCAAGCUUUGCGAGAUCUUAAAGUUGAUGCAGAUAGCUGCAUCUUCAUUGAUGACAGUUUUCCAGGUUACGAAACGUAGAGGCAGCAGUAGAAGUUGGCAUGGUCGGUCUGCAAUUCAAGAAUGUGGAUUUGUUGCGUCAAGAUCUCUCUAAGUUGGGUAUUGAGUUUGACCUCACCGAACAGCAUUUGUCUUGAUCUCUUCAUUCAUUCGUAAACUCGAUUUCUUGACGUAUUAAAACCACCCUCUUCCCAGUAUUCUUCCUGCCACGGAUCCAGGAUCCCGAUAUCAGCAGGAAGCCCGCAAAUGUACAGAUUUUUGUUUCAUGUACAACCUCAAUAAAGAGAAUGACUUGGAACAUUAUCACCA